AUGGGGUCUGUAGCGCACAGGAACAAUGCGAUGAGUGGCGAUAGGGAACGUGAACCUCUGAUGGCUUCAGUGCCACUUAACAUUUUAGACUCCGAAGCUAAUCGAGAUGAACAGCGACCGAAGUCGAUAGUUGUGAUUGUCAAAAUACUUUACUUUCUAUCAGGUCUCUCGGGAUCGACUUGGGGACGUUAUGCGACUAUAUUCUACGUGACAAAGGGACUGAGUCCAUUUGAAAUUGGGUUCAUUGGAUGCAUAUGUCCUUUCAUACAAACCAUCGGUCAGCCGUUAUGGGGAAUUCUCAGCGAUAGAUGUCGGAAUCGAAAGGGAAUCUACAUGGCUACGAGCACGUUAGCAACCUUAUGCAUUCUCAGUCUCUCAAAUGAUUGGAUAAGUGAUUCGUAUGUGAAGAUCACACUGGUGGCGUGCAUGGAGGCCGCCUUUGUAAGUGGGGGUAUACUGGAUGCAUAUGCGAUCGAUGAACUGAAAAAAAGGGGAAAACUGGAUGACUACGGAAAGCUGCGAGUGUAUUUAGCUAUCUCAUGGGGAUUAGGAACCUGUUUCAUGGGCUAUAUUUCCGAUGACUACGGGUUCGGUGUGGUCUUUUGGGUGUUCGGGAUAUUUCAAUUCAUCAACCUGUGCGUGCUAGCGGUCUUUGUACCUAGUCAUACUGACGAAGAAAAGAGAGUUGGUCGCACCGCUGAAGGGAAACCUCGGAUGUCUGUCCUUAUCAAAGCAAUGACACGGCCGAGGGUCCUAUGCUUACUCCUUCUGCUGACUGUGUUUGGGUGUGGCUUUGGGAUUGUGGACAGAUUGCUGUUCGUGUAUCUCAUGCAAUCCUUUAAUGCUUCUAAAUUUCUGUGUGGAUUGACUGUGGGCUGCACUGUCCUCAUGGAGCUGCCUAUUUUCUACUAUGGCAAAUAUGUACUGCAACGGAUUGGUCCUCAGACCAUGAUGACGAUAUCAAUGUGCGCAUUUAUUGUGCGCAUGUUUGGGUACACAUAUCUGACCACGGAGACAGUCCACUACGUGCUGUUGUUGGAGCUCAUGCACGGGAUAACCUUUGGAUUGAUGUGGACAGCUACAAUCAGCAUAGUAUCUCAGAUAUCUCCUCCAGGGUGGGGAACGGCGACCAUGACAAUUGUGCAAACCACUCUGAGGUGUUUGGGUGCGGGGACUGGUGCGCUUGUGGGAGGCUGGGCAGCGGAAAAGUACGGUUUCAAACCUAUGUUCUGGAUGGCGGGUUACUUAUUCUGCGGUGUAUUAGCUAUACACCUGCUGUUUGGGUAUAUGAGCGGUUUCGAACUCGGCGAGGAACUGCAUGUGAGGGAGGUGAAAGAAACCAUCAGUACCACGGUGGACGAAGAAAAAGAAAGGAGUUAA